AUGAUAGACCCAAAUUUUGAGAAAAAGGUUAUUGACAAGGAACAUGAUGCCUGGUUAUCGCUAAAAGCAGUUAUUAAAGGGUUUUUAGGGAACCACAGGGCCGAAAAUGCGAAAAAACUAGUUGACGACAUGUUAGAAGCAUAUAAAAAGUUGGGUUGCAGAAUGUCGUUAAAAAUUCACUUCCUUCAUUCUCACUUUUCUUUUUUCCCAUCUAAUCUUGGUACAGCCAGUGAUGAGCAAGGUGAGAGGUUCCACCAGGAUGUACAGAAGCUUGAAGAACGAUUUCAAGGGCGUUGGGACACAACUAUGCUAGGCGAUUACUGCUGGCGUUUAAAACAAGAAGAUCAUUCAAAGCACAAAAGAAAAAGUUAA